AUGUCUCGGAAGAGUCAGGGCAAAACGGACCUGGAGCCUCGGGGCAAGUCUCGUCGUGCGACCGGCUGCUCUUCCGAUACCUCCAUCGACAGUAUCGGCAUGGCGGGCACGCAGAGUCGCCACUCAUCGGAGGACUUUGUUCCCCGUCUAGUGGCAGAAGGACCCAUUCCCGAAGGUCAGACCACCUACGACUGCAUUCUCUUUCUGUUCCUCUGCGAGGAGCACAACCGAAUCGCCAUCCUCAACGUGGAGCAGACUCGGGUGGUGUGGUUGCCCUUUGUGGCCAUUCCCUCGGCGAACAGCUGGGAGGAGGCGGCAGAGGACGGACUGCGCCGCUUUCUCACCGUCAGACCGGAGGAGAGCAUCUACCAGGAAAAGGAAGCUAAAUCGCAGAAACCAGCAGAGACCACCGACCUGCCCAAGUACAAGAUGACCACUGUUCACCUGCUGCGCUUUCAACUGUUUUCAGGCAAGUUCAAGGUGCGCAUUACGCAGUUUGUGCGUCUGUUCAAAACUGCUGGAUACGAAUGCUGCCAGGACAACCGAUCUUUGAUGUGGAUCGAUGCGCGCGAAGUGUUGAACGACGGUGUUAAAUGUGGUCCUCUCUGGGGCCCCGAGGUGAAGCUCUUCACGGCAAACCUCAUCAAAACUGAGACCAAGUUCAUUGCCGAGUUUUGCCUGAGUAAGGUGCUCGCCCUGAUCAACCACUCGGAGAACAGGCAACCACCGAACAGCGGAGGGCAGCUGGCCGUCAGCAGGCUGCUGGUGAACAACAAGACCAGUCAGGAGACACUGCUGGCACUGUACGAGGAUUUCAUUGAGUUUUGCUUUCCAUCCUUCUACAUGUGCUUUGAGUCAUUUAAGCAGUACUUUAAGAGGUACAACAAAAAUGACGCCGAGCAGUUGUUCGGUCUGUUCCGAGGCGUCUCCAAUGCCAUCAACCGAAAGGGAUACCUUGACUGGUCCGAGUUUGUAAUGGCGGCGUUUUGCCUCGACCCAACAACUGAAAACGACGAAGGCCGUUGUCUUCUGCUUUUCCACUACUACAACCGAAAUGGCAACAACCAAAUGGAGCUGAGUGACUUCGUGAAGAUGCUCAAAGACCUCAAUCCUUCGCUCUCCGAUGAACGACUGACUGAUGAAGUCAUGCGCCCGCUGAUGCACCUGUGCAACUUCAAGGAGAACAAACUGUCACUGGAGGACUUUCAGCAGGCGAUCAGGAAGGACGUGCUGCGCGGCACUGAGAAGCUGCUUCGUGCCCCCAUGAGCAUCAUUUCUCCGGUGGUGAACGAGGUGAAGAAGCGCUGGCAGAGCACAGCACCCGACAGCAAGAAGGCCGUCGUCGCGAAGAGGCGUAACCGAGGCACAUGUAAUGGCUGCCGGGCGCAGAACUUUCAGUACUGCCUGCACGCGGUCACCUUUGACACCACUGGCCGGUGCGUCAAUCCCAUGAGGAUCAGCAAGUACGAGGCUGCCAGCGCCAACCAGUCGAUUGACGCGCUCUACUACUCUGCCGAGAUCCGCUUUGGUACGGGCAUCUCCUACAGCUUCAUUGACGUCAUUCGCAAGCGCGCCAACAUGAGCAAUGUCCUCUUUACGCCUGGCCAGGACAAGGGCGAGGUGCUGGUGAAGUACAUGGCCAAUCUCCUGGAGAUGGCUCGAGUGCUGGUGAAGAGCGAAGAGCGACUGAUGAAGAUCAACGCGCCUGUGGACGUGAUCGGCGACCUGAAGGGCAGCCUUCCGGCGGUGAUGGCCAUUGAGAAGCUUCGCUGUCCCACGGUGCCGGUCAUCCAGUCGAAUCUGGUCUUUCUGGGCAACUACAUCUGCCCGAAAGCGGCCAACAAUGUUGAGGUGCUGUGCUUUCUGCUGGCGCUAAAGACGCAGAGCCCCAACAAGGUCUUCCUCCUGCGAGGGCACAAUGAGUCGAAUAAGGAGGCUACGCGCAUUCUGCUGAAGGAGUGCGAGGCAAAGUACGGCAGUGUGGCCAGACAGGUGUGCUCACUGCUGGUGUCCGUCCUGGAGGUGCUGCCCUUUGCGGUGAUCAUCGACGAGUCCAUUCUCUGUCUGCACUCCGGGCCGCCCAUCGUCUCUGCCGGCAAUCAGGUGACCAUGAUCGCCGACAUUCCCUCACCGCUGGCCAAUGUCGAGGACAAUGCUGUUGCGCUGGAGAUCCUCAGCGACACGCCCACCGAAGUUGCCAGCGGCAAUGGACAGGAGUUCACGCUGAAGCAGUUUCGCACCUUCAUGCAGCUCAACAGUCUGUCCUUUCUCAUUCGCGGCAACUCCAUCUCCACAUCAGUCAACAUUAGCCACUACACACUGCACUUUGAGGCGCGCUGCAUCAGUCUGGCCUCGCACACCGCAAAGCCGAUGAUUGUGCUCGUCGAUGCCGGCAAGAGGCUGUACGGCAAGGCGAAAGAAGUCAAGGAUGUUUCGCCCAUUUUGAGAGUGGUUCAGCUAGACAAUUCACUUCCAGUGGUCAGCAAGAAAGAAUGA